GGAAAGACGAGGCCUAUCGCGUCACUAUUGGUACAGACGCUAACCAAAACAACAAUGUUGAAAGAGUUGGUGAAGGAGCGACUGUUGGCGGCAGCCGACGAAAUAUUCGGGCUGUUUGAAAGAACGAUGGCGUCCUACGAAGAGGAACUUUCUCGAACGAAGGAGCAGAACGAGCAGCAACGACAACAACUGGAAGCUGUUAGCAAGACUCGCAUUGUGCUACACAUUGAAGAUAUCCCAAAGCUGUCCAGUCGUCAAGAAGAACGUCGGAGCUUCACAUUGAAGGAGGAGGAGCAUCCCCAGCCCCCCCGCGUCAAAGAGGAAGAGGAGGAACCCGGGGUCGCUCAAACGGGAGGGUGUCUUCUCAGGCCAGAGGGGGCUGAUCUGACCAAGUUGCAACCGACUGGUGUCUCCGUGAAAACUGAAGAGUGUGAAGACAAACCACCUGAGUCCUCACGACUUCCUCACCGUCCAAGUCCUGGCAGCAGGUCACCACGACGCAACACAGCUGAUGGAGACCGCCGUGAAGGAUCAGACAGCGACGAUGCGAGGUCCCUUGCGCCUGAGGAUAAACACGCAGGCGACGCCCAAGAACCUUUGAGCGGCGAUACACACUGUGAAGGUGACACAAGGACUCACACUGACAACAAACACUCGGAACGCUCUCCAAAGACGACAGAUUUUGCGCUACACUUGAGGACACACACCGGCAGAAAAGAGAAACCCUUUACUUGUUCAAUCUGUGGUCAAAUAUUCUCCCACAAGUCAAACAUGUUCAGACACAUCAAAGCGCACAAUGAAGCCAAACCUUCCAGUUGUUCCCUUUGCAGUAAAAUGUUCUCCACCAAGUCCAAUAUGCUCAAGCACAAGAAAAGACACACAGGAGAAAAACCAUAUUCCUGCUCACUUUGUGCGAAAACCUUUACUCAGCGCAACUAUUUGAUGGACCACAUACGGAUACACACGGGAGAGAAACCUUUUAGUUGUUCAGUCUGCGGUAGAAGAUUCUCUCAAAAGUCCAGCAUGAUGUCGCACAUGAGAACGCACACUGGAGAGAAACCUUUUUGUUGUUCGGUCUGCGGCAAAAGAUUCUGUCAAAAGUCCAGCAUGACGACGCACAUGAGAACGCACACAGGAGAAAAACCAUACUGUUGUUCAUUUUGCACUAAAACCUUCACGCGCCAUGACAAUUUGACGACUCACAUGCGGACGCACUCCCCCCCCCCCGGAGAGUCCCCGGACUUUGUUUCCUCGGUGGAAGACCUCCUCCACGGUCGUGGUUCAGGAGAGGAGGAAGAAACAAAUUUAAGUCGAAGAAGAAAAGGCGGAAGUUCGACGUCGAGCAAGAAAACGAGAACGGGAAGGACAAUGAGCAAAUACCUACGCUCGCCAUUACGCUAUUCGCCCCAAAACAACAUUGAAAUGUGGAAAGCGUUGAUCAGGGAGGCGCUAAUGGCGGCGGCUGAUGAAAUAUCGGCGCUGUUGGAAACAACGAUCGCGGCGUACGAGGAGGAACUUUCUCGAACGAGAGAGACAAAAGAGCGACUACGACGACAAGACUCGAAGACUCGCACCGAAGACACGCAGCAGCUGUUUGGCCUUCAAGAUGUACUUCCCCCUCGGCCACAAGGGGAAGAGUGCCCCGCUUUGCAGCAGGAGGAACCCCGGCCUCACCAUGUGAAAGUGGAAGAGGAUCCCCAUCCCCAUGCCGUUAAACAGGAAGAGGAGCAACUCUGCAUCACUCAGGGGGGAGAGUGUCUUCCAGGGCUGGAGGGGGCCGAUGUCGGCAAGUUGCCACUGACUGUCGUCUCUGUGAAGACUGAAGACCAUGAAGACCAACCACCAGAGUCCUCCCAGCUUCAUCACUGUCCGACUGGGGAGAUGGGAGGGGCGGAGUCUCGGAGCAGCAGCUCACCACAACACACGACAACAGAAGCUGGCGGAGACCCCCAUGGAGGAUCGCAAGCCGAGAACCUCAUAGCUCCGCUGUCAGAUAGCGACGAGGCGACGUCAUUCUCCUGCGGGCCUGAAGGCGGGGACAACCGGGCUCACCUCGACUGCCCAGCUUGUGCGAAAAGCUUUAGCGAUAAACGAGAUUUGACUCGUCACAUGAGAACACACACAAAACCUUUUACCUGUUCGGUUUGUGGCAAAAGAUUCUCUGACAAGUCAAAUAUGGUAAAACACACGCAGGCACACACUGGAGAGAAACCUUUUAGUUGUUCCGCUUGUGGCGAAAGAUUCUUCCAGAAGUCCAACAUGUUGAAACACAGGAGAAAGCACACCGGAGAAAAACCGUUCAGUUGUUCCGUUUGUGGCGAAAGAUUCACUGAAAAGUCAAGUAUUGUAAAUCACAUGCGAACACACACUGGAGAGAAACCUUUCUGCUGCUCGGUUUGCGGUAAAGGCUUCUCCCAAAAGUCAAACAUGACCAAACACGUGGCAACACACAAAGCUUACUCCUGUCCAAUUUGUGCAAAAUCGUUUACUCAGCCGGCCAAGUUGACAGCUCACACGCGCAUGCACAAUGGGGAAAAGCCUUUUCGCUGCUCCGUCUGUGGUCAAGGUUUCUCUCGAAAUUUACAUGUGGUAUCUCACAUGCGGACGCACACUGGAGAAAAACCUUUCUGUUGCUCAAUUUGUGGCAAAGCGUUCAGCACCAAGGUGUCUCUGCGCGGACACCAAAGAACACACACUGGAGAAAAACCUUUCAGUUGUUCCGUUUGUGGUAAAAGCUUCUCUGAGAGGGCAAACGUGGCAUCACACAUGAGGACGCACACGGGGGAAAAACCAUACUCCUGUUCACUCUGCCCUAAAGCGUUCCGUCGGCAGAGCAAUCUGACCGUACACAUGCGGACACACAGGUCAACAGGUCAAGCGAUGUUGUCCCAUCCAGUUUGUGCUGAAAGGCGUCAAAUGGUACUUGAACCGUACAGGUGUCAUGGUCCCCGGAAAGUAUGAUACCAGAUUCCCGCAUGACUUCCAAAUCCGCGUGCCUCCAGUAAAAGUCAAUAAUUCACAGCACAACUGAAGCAGUUACCCUAGUGGAGCAUAGAA